GUUCCCUGCUUGAAACAAAAUGGCUCGCUCGUCGUGCUUCUACAUGUCCAUACACUUGCUUUUCUUGUCCUUGUGGUCUCAUUUUAUUGGCACUCACAAUCUCUCUCGUUCUGUGAAACCUGUGUGUCUCGAGGACGAAAUGUCCGCCCUGCUGCAAUUUAAAGAGAGAUACGAAAUAGCCAAUGUUUCGGAUGAUCCUCUCGCCCAUCCCAAGACUCGAUCCUGGAAAAACAGUCGAGAUUGCUGCUCCUGGGAUGGGAUCGAGUGCGACGAGAUCACGGGCCACAUAAUUGUUCUCGACCUGGGGAGUAGUUCUCUCUCUGGUUCUAUCGACAACAACAGUACCCUCUUCCAGCUUGCUCAUCUUGAAAAGCUCAAUCUCAGCCACAAUGACUUCAACAACUCUCGAAUACCGUCCCGAGUUGGAGAUCUGUUGAGAUUGACUCACCUGGAUCUCUCUGCUUCCUCCUUUUUGGGCCAGGUCCCAUCAGAAAUCUUCAAGCUUACAAGCUUGGUGUACCUUGACCUGAGUGGGAAUCCAGAUCCAUAUGAAUAUGGAAUUUCGUUGGAGAUGAAAGCGCCAGGCUUGAGAAGCCUAGUUCAAAAUCUGACUAGCCUGGAGGUCCUUCUCCUAGGGCAAGUCAACAUGUCGUCCGAAGUGCCCAACACUCUGGCAAAUCUGUCUUCCCUGAGAUGGCUGGACCUGUCAGGGUGCGACCUGCACGAUGUAUUUCCGUCUGCUAUUUUCAAUUUACCAAAGCUGCGACUUCUCAGUGUGGGUUACAAUGAAGCUCUCACGGGACGAUUGCCUGAGGUUAACUCGAGUAGUCCUCUUGAAGAGCGGCAAUUGCCUAGCACGAGCUUUUCCGGAGAGCUACCCUCAUCGAUCGGAAUGCUUCCUUCCUUGAGCUAUCUCGACGUAAGGGCUUGCAGCUUCUCAGGGUCGCUACCCACAUCAAUCGGAAACCUUCCUUCCUUGACUUAUCUCGACAUAGCACUUUGCGAAUUCUCAGGAUCCAUACCAGCUUCAUUUGCUAAUCUUAGCAACCUCGAAUACCUAGAUGUCGGUGAGAACCCAUUCACUGCCCUGUCCAUUUCCUCUUUGUCAUGGGUUGGGAAGAAUAAAAAGCUCGUCACUUUGGGGUUCGGGAGGAUCAAUUUAUAUGGCGAGAUUCCACCUUCAAUCGGAAACUUGUCGCAGUUUGUGCAAUUGUAUCUUCAUGACAACCAUUUAAGCGGUGUCAUCCCAUCUCAGCUCAUGAAACUCACUCAGCUGACUAUUUUGUUCCUCGGAAACAACCAACUAGUGGGUUCCAUACCGUCUUGGCUUCUGAACAUUACUGGACUUGAGGUUCUUGACCUUGGCACCAAUAAAUUCCAUGGCGAGAUACCUUCAUCAAUCUCUCAACUCCAAAAUCUCGGGUCGCUCCUCCUUUUAAAAAACAAUUUGAGCAGUACUGUUGAGCUAGACAACAUUCUAAAGCUCGAACAAUUGCACGUGCUGGACCUAUCAUUUAACAGGCUAUCAUGCCGAACGAGUAGCACGAAUGUUGCUCUUCCUGAGCUUCGUGUACUAGGACUGGCUGCAUGCAAUUUGAGCGAGUUUCCGGCGUUCUUACAAAACCAAGAGGACGUGGAAUGGUUGGAACUGUCGGAUAACAACAUUAGGGGAGAAGUGCCCUUUUGGGUGUGGAGCGGCUGUUUUAAUUCCUUGGAGUACCUGAAUCUCUCUCGUAACUUCUUAACUGGUCUUGAUCACUGUCACCCGACCAAUUGUUUAUCUGUGGAUACAAUAGACCUCUCUCACAACAUGCUGAAAGGAGCACCCCCUGAAGGAUCGCAUUGGACAGUCCACUAUAUAGUAGCCAACAACAGCCUGACGGGAGCAUUGCCACCAUGGAUCUGCAAUUUGAGUUCAGCAAUCACACUAGACUUGUCUUCUAACAAUUUGACUGGUGGGCUUCCGGUUUGUUUGGGUAAUAUCAGCGAAUAUCAACCUAAAAGGCAACAAUUUUCAAGGAAGCAUUCCGGAGGUAUCGGUGAGGGGGACGCAACUCACGAUGAUUGA